AGCGAACAAUACGUAAAUCCCACUUUUCACAAGAUAAGUAGGAUUUUUUCUAAGACGUUCUCCUUCUGGUAAAAGAUUUCUAGAAAUAAUACAUAAAGCGCAUCAAAGAUUUAAGAAAUACGCAAUACCAACGGUAUAUACGCAACAUUAACUAGCUUCACGCUCUUGCUUCAACUAAGACAGGUACACACUUUCUUUCAUAGAAAGUCAUCAAGCACGAUAGCUUCUACAUCGGCUCCUUGUUCUUCACACAAGAUAAGUAGAAUACAUUUAGAUUCUACUUUCAACUCCAACACUCAGUAACGGUAAAUUCAAUCUCCACAAAAACAAAAAGAUGGGUUGUGGUGCCAGUACUGCUGCAAAGAGCAAUGGAUCUGGGCCUGCUGCGCCCGUGACGCCGGUUGCCCCGGCAGCCGCGGCUGCCGCUCCGGCGCGCAAGGCUCCGGGCGCGUGGACGGCUGGAAGCGGAAUCCAGUUCUGGCGUGCCUCGGCGUCGCAUCGUGAUCCCAUCUCGGUGAGCGGAGAUACGCUCUGCCGCAAGCCGGAUCUGAAGAAGGUGGUCAUCAUGCUGGAUCCGCGUCACCUUGGGUUCAACUCCGAUUUCGUCAAGGCCGUCCGCAAAACCCUCUUCAAGCACAAGGAGCGCACCCAUGGCGCCGCGGAUUGGGAUGCCAUUGACACGGGGGCCGGGUAUUCCGCUGGGCUCAAAAUUCGCACGUUGUUGAUCACGGCCACUCCGCGCAGCGGUCCCGCCUUCUGCACCGCCAUUGAGGCAAGCAUUUACGGUAUGGCCUUCGUGAACACCCUCUGCGGCAGUGGGUGGAAGGGAGCCGACAAGAUGCUCAAGAUUGCUUUAGCCGACGACUUCUACGCGGACCCCGAUGGCGUCCUCUACAAGCUCUACGGACAGUACGACGAGGCCGGCAACGCCGGAAAGUCUUCCAAGUGGAAGGCGUUCUGCAGCGGCGGCAAGUCGGGUGUGGAUGACAUGAUGGCGUUGAAGGCCAAAUUUGAGAAGGAUCUGAAGCCGACCAAGGCCUACGCCUACUUGGCCGACCAAGCCGGUCUCCAAGAAGCGGAAUACAUGUCUGCUUUGGACAACCUGUGCGACUUCAUCUCCAAAACCAUCACCUCGGAUGCCAACGUGGCGACUGCCAAGAGUACCACACGCGAUAUGGAAGUCGAGCAACCGAUGAAGGGUCUCACCGAGAACAUGAAGAACGUCUCAUGGCCUUCGAACCGCCGCCCAGUUGGUUUCUCUAUGUCUUCCAGCGCCAUGGAACAAUUCAAGCCCCGCUUCGAUCGCUUUGAACGUCCCUUCUUUGAUGUCAGCGCGGAGGUACUAAUCGUUGUAGUUGCAAAUAAUAUAUAUAUAAUAUAUGUCUUUUUUCUAGUUAGGUCGGCUCCACCACAAAUAUAUGUAAUUAGUGGUCCUCUGUAGUUGUUGUUCUUCUUCAGGUUCACUGAUGUCAGCAGUAGCACAAAGGUUCAUUCCGAUAGAUUUAGAUUGUUGCAGCAAGUACCCACUCCACUAGUUGUACUCCUCCAAUAUGAAGAUUAUGGUCACUUGUCAUGAGACGUGUAUAUUACAGGAACGAUAAGUACAGAUCAUCUCUACAAAGAACUUUACUGUCAUCUAUACAAGAACGACACAUGAAAACUCACUACAGAUUCCGGAUGGUAAUGCUGAUGAUGCUGCUGCGGUGGCUGCCACGAUGAUCGCCGAGAAGGUAAUCAACCGCAAGAAAGGCCACCAUCAGCGCAAGCCGAUCGUCAUGAUUGGUGUCAAGGUUAAGGCUUCAUUUAGAUAGUAGCUACUACAUCUCGACGAGGACCUACGAGAACCUCUUCUGUCUUGUUAACUAUUGGUUAUUUUGACGCUACCCUGUUGGUUGUUUUGUUUGCUUCUAGUCAAAACAGAUGAUUAAGGAGAUCAUCUUUUCGACUGGACAGAUAAGUGAACAUAUUUUAUCGGUGUCAGAUCUAUUAUCUACUUUAAGCUCUAAAAAGACCCUCGAAGAGGACCGCCUCGCGCGCUUCAACGUCCUGAUGCAGGCGAUGUCGGAGAACGAAUCUUGCGGGGGUAAUCGAAACUCCCUUGUUAUCAAUCUUCAUCAAUGAAUUAAGUAAGUAAAUUGUCUUUGUAAUCGAACUAAAUGAACUAAGUACUUUUACUUGGAAAUUAGUUCAUUGUACUAAUGUACUAUUGAUUUUCUCAUCAGAGCAGCAUUGAGUUUUCCUUAAUUUUGUUGUUUGAUGUUGACGUACAAGAUUCUACUUUUUGCGAUUCUCUACGCACUGCGCUACUAGGUAUCACCACGAUUAUCCACGCUCCGUCGUACGAGGAAUUUGCUGAGAACGCGUUGUGCGCGGCUGCGGUUUCUAAGGCGAUGAAGCUGUCUACCGGGGUUGUGGUCUGCCUUACCGACGAACUCGAACGUGUCGUUGAAAUGUUUCUGGCUCCGUCCAACGAGGCGAUUGUUGAUUCCAUUCGUGUCUGCAUGAUGCCGUUUCCCGGUACAACAACUUCAUCAAUGAAUACCAAUACUGAUAGAAUUAAGCUCAAUUUCGUUUCUGAUCUUUUGACUACAAUUCAUGAUCAUGAUAGAUUGUAAUGAAGUUUUCAAAUCGGUAGAUCAUUCUUGUUGAUCUUGAUGGGAGGUUAUCUUCAUCCGAGAGGAGGAAUUUAUCUUAUCACCUCCUUGAAAGAAUAGGUUGUGCAUUUCGCUCACAAACCCUUUCCUCGAAAGAAAGUGUAACAUCAAUGACGAUACUCCUUAGGUAUGAAGCUUUUCACGACGCACAAUGCUAUGGGCCGUGAGAUUUCUGAGGGUGGAAUUUUGACGACGGAAUUCAUGGUCGGAAAUCCCGGAACGGGCAAGACGGGCGCUCACAUGAAAAAGAUUCAAGAGCGUCUGUUGCCGUUGAACAAGUUCGCAGCGACGGUCACGCGACAGCUUGUUUUGUCCGACAUGAACGGCGACAAGAAGGUGCACCGCAUCCGCAUGGCGACGAAGUACGACCCGGACUUGAAGCCGAUCUCGUUGAUCAUCCCUUCGCGUGUGUUGGCCGGCUUCCUCAACGCUAUUGCUGGCUCUGCCACGGACGACGCAGUCGCAUCUCACCUCACGGGGUACGCCGAAGCCCUGGUGCGUGUGGCUGAAGGAGGAGCCUUCGACGCUUGAACAUUCUAUCACGUCGCUGGGAAAACUACGUUCUUUAUGUGGCUUCAAAGUUCUUGGCUGCUAGGGAUUGUGACCUGGAAGUAUAAUUGAAGGAUUUGGAGUGCGAAACGAUCCCAGAUGUGUGUGGAAAGACUUAAAGAUAAUGGUCUACUACGGACUUAAUGUGUACGAUAAGUCAAAUACUAGUAUAGGAUGGAAGAGAUCAAGCGUUGGAAAAAUAUCGAAGAUAGAAUCUGACAUCGCGAAAAAAAAUCAAAAGUAAAUGACGUAAAAAAACAAGUUUGAAUGUAGUACUUAAUACUGAAAAGGUGGACAUAUGUGAGAAACCUUACCUCUACUGCGGCUGGAAUUUGUUGCGACAACUCGAGAAGGGGAAUCAAAAUGAUUUAUACUCGUGCCUGUGUGAAGCUUUUUUUCCUUAGAGGAAAAUGGAUAUCUUUGGAGCACUGACUAAGUUAUGGCUUUUAUAUCAUGGUGGGAACUGUGAUAGGUCGUAAGUCAUUACGAAUAAGUACAUAGGAAGCAUACCAUGCUUGGAAAAAUAUUUCAUCUCGAGUGUUGUUUCCCUUCAUUGUAGUAAAAGCAACCACGUGCAUUUAGUGUCGUUGUCGUUUCAUCAGCAAAUCGUUCGUGAGAAUCACCUAGUGGCUCUAUCAGACAAUCGGUAGAGUUGCUGUUGUUUAUCAUGUAGAACGGUGGAGCCAGUAACGUACGCGUAAGCAUUUUAUAAUGGUACUAUUGCGAGAUCGAUGUUUCUUUGGUCAAUUAUCAUCGCUAGAACUACAUAUAGAGAUUUUUCAUGGAGAAAAUAUCCGUCUGGUGACGCGUGGCUAAACGAUUUUAGGUUUGCGCAACCAGUAGUCAUUAUUCCUCAGAUCCUGCGUAUGCACAGCUACUUGUACUUCUUCUUGAUGUUACAAGAGUAGUCUUCUAUCAUAAUGAAGACCACCUUGAAUACUUACAAAGCAUGCUCUAGGAAAAAAUGAAAAACGCUCUUUCGUUGCUCCUUCGUCGUGUGAGUACGACUCACGUUGGUGAUACAGGAGCUUCGGCAGGGGAUGGAUAUAUACUUGUUCUUGCAUUUCCAGUGGUUUGAAGUGCAUCAUAUGUGAGAAAAAUUUUCUUCUAUCUAGAAGGUACUACGUUACAUCAGAUCUUUUUUCGUUGUAGGACGACAUGAUAUUUAUUAUUUUUCCGCGCAUGGAAUUGCACUGUCUGUAAGUAGAAGAUCAUGGUCAAAGUACUUAUUGUAAAUAGUAUGAGAUAUAAAUGUAGAACUACUUGAAUUUGAACGCAUAUUAUAAUGUCAAAGAAUGUGUUUGAAGCUUGUUUUUCUUGGAUUCUUUUCUUGAAUGAAAUCAAAAAUACAAAAGUGGAGGUCCAGAUAUCUGGAAGAUGAAACGAAUGGAUAGCAUGUAUACUUGAGUGCGAUCCAACAUCCUAACGAAU